AGAGCCAUCUCGGACCUUGAAGAGUCGAGGCCGCGCGAGUAUUCCACUUCCGUAUUUAUAUAACGUUGCUCCGUUGUUUUUUUUUUUAUUGCUGUUACUAUUGUUGUUGCUACCGUAGUAAUUCUGCUGCUUGUUGUCCACACGCCGGCGCGAGUUGCGCGCAGUUCUUUCUCUCGCUAACGGAAUCUCCGAACAGAGCGAUACACGGACCUCCUUGUUCAUGUAAUUGAAGGCGACGACUAAUAACGACACGAUGACACCAAGAGGAGCGGUAUGCCUGCUCCUGACGAUUUUGACGUUAGGAAGUUCGCAAGGGAGCACGAGAUACUUUGUAAAAAUGCGGACGAACGCAUCCGACAUGUUCAGAACAAAGGUAGACAAUUUGAGGAUUCUUCAGGAUCCGAUAGCAAUCACGCCGAAUCCUCUGUACGAAAAUGGGAAUGAGCAUCAAACUGACGACGGGAGGAUGACCAAAGAGAUAUCGAGCGAUCAGUACAAUCGAAGGAAUUCUUUUGUCGAAACUUCGACCUUCAAUCCGGACGUGCUCAACAAGUUUCUCGAGGAAUACGCCAAUAAAGUAAAGAGCACCACCGAGAGGAAUUUCAAGUAUCCCUUCAGAAUCGUGAAACCGCCUGCGGAACCGCUCGUUCUCGAAAUCGAUAGCGAAACCACCGAGACCACGACCAUUCAGGAGCAGGACGAAAAGUUUGAUCAGACUUCAAAUGCUACUUCAACAGAGGAUGCGUUAAGCGAGGCAUUAAACGACACUUUGAAAAGAAACAAGUAUUAUGGUACAAACACUUAUGAAGACAGAAACGGCUGGGUGACGUUGGAAGCAAUUCCGUGGUCCAAGAGCAAAAUUUCCAAGUGGCAGGCCAAUCCCAGCACGCAACGACCUUGGCCGGAGAUAAAGCCAUGGGAUAAACCGAGCGUGAAACCAUGGGCCAGUGACUUUACCAUCAGACCCACUUAUGAAAACAACAAACCAUGGUACGACAAGCCGAAGCCUAACUGGUCCGACAGUAACGAGAAGCCAUGGCAGAAACCAAUUUCACGUCCCCCUUAUCGUCCUGAUGACACGUCUAAUCAGGCGCAGAAAUGGCCGCCGGAGAGGCCCACCUGGAACAAGUAUGAUCCCCAUCGUCCCAACAGCGAUAUCAUCACGGACGACAGACCGUCCAAUUUCCCCAGCACUUGGUCCCGACCGCAAACUUCCAAACCGCCGUAUCAGUUUAUCGACAGAUUCUCGGAGAAGGAUCAAUCGGGAGAUGGGAGCAAUUGGCACGAUUACCCAUCCAAAUACGAACAAGAUCGACCUCGACCCACCCUGAUCACGGAGAGGCCGAAUUUCUCGCAUUAUCAGUACGUAAACAACCAUCCAUCGAGUCAUCCGGCGAGUGGCGACGGCCAAUGGGUCCUGUUAUCGACGAACCGAGGAUACUCCAAGUCGAGGCAGAGGUCAAUCAAGAUCGACGCGAUAAAUUCAGCAGAACCGUUCGAGAGGAUUAAUACGACGGGUCGCGGAAACGGAGAUAAGGACGAGGCUCCUGCCGUAGCCGUGAUGACCUCGAAACGCCAGGUCAGAUUGACGGUGUUGCCAUCGAUCAACGGCACAAACACGACGACGUCCCACGGAGGUCUUCUGGAAGUCGAGAAGACGUUCAAGAGCGUCGAGCAGAGUCGAAAGGAGUACGAGAUGAAGAAACUGAUGGCGGUGCCAAAUAUCCUGAAGAAAAGACCAAUCAGGCACACAACCCUGAGCUCCAACCAACCAUCAAGUUCGGCCGUUCUGGCAGCCGUUGGAGCAGGCAUGCUGCCGGCGACGAUGGCAAUGAUGAUACCGAUGAUGCUGGGCCGUCGAAAGAGAGAUCUGAGACUGAUGGAACAUAUCUUGAAAAAUGAACUGAAUCUGCAUGAAUUCGCGAAGGAAUAUAACGUUCAACUAAAAAGACCAAUAGAAUCAUAGAAAUUAAGAUAGCAAAAUUCGUUUGAAGAACUCAUUAGAAUGGCGGCAGGAAACGGAGCGCACGACGUUGUGCGAAUAACAUUGAGAUGCCGGACAUUGGGGGUUUGGAAACGGAAGUGAUUUACCCAGAAAUCGGAUUUCGCACCGAUUACCCGUUUCGUUCCGUGUCAUUGAAUCGAAAUGAAUGUAGUCUGAACAAACAAAACGGAACAUUACGCACAAACAUGACAUAUUUAUACGUUCUCGUGUUUUAUACAACGUAUCCCUUAAGCUUACAAAAAAAUCAUGUCAGUUGCGGAAGUAGUCGGAUUAUAAAAAAAUUAGAGUUUAAAGUUUCAUCGUAUCUAAUCAGAUCUAAAUGAUGCUUCUAUGUAUUUCUAAAACAUCGCGUUAUGUCAACCCGGUUAGACUAUAGAUCAUAUUAAUACUGAAUACGUCUUUGAAUAAUCAAUGUAUUCCUGUCCGUGUCUACACGGGCGAGGAUAUAAGCACGAUCGAUUUAGAAACAAUCACCUGUUGCUAUUCUAGUAGUCACUAAGUAAAGCGAAGUUAAAGCUAAAAAGUUCGUUAUAACUACUGGAAAAAAAAUCCAUUUCUGGAAUGCAACUUUGUUAUUUUUCAUUACAUUUAAAUUAUUGACAAAAUGCUUCGGUUGUGUAAAAGGAAACAGGAUACAUUCCGACUUUUAUCGCCGUUUAUCCGUUUGAAUAUCUAUAAUUUAUAUUUAAGUUAGACCAAACAUCAUUAAUAAAUGUAAAUUCUCGAUUUAUGCGCGACGCGACAUGCGCUUAAUUCGCAACAAAUUGAAUUACGUCGCUCGUAAAUUCUUCGAAUUUGUUUAAAAUCCAACGGUAUAAGCAUUAACUCAAACUGUGAAUAAUUUUUUUUUAUGACCCGAAGUAAUCUGUGACAAUCUUUCCCGUUAGAAAUCAAUGUUACGCUUCGGCGUGAGAGAAACACAAGCGUUUAUAUUCUUUAAUAUUUAUUUACAUAGCGCAUAUCAGGGUAUUACAUAGAGAGUUUGCAUACUUA